AUGCAUCCGGCUCCGAGUCUGUUAGAGGCGCCUCCGAAGAAUGGCAGCGAGGAGUCUGGAAACAGACCCCAAACUGGCUCACCUUCAAUGUCUCAUCAUGAGCUGCCUCAAUCGCAACAGUCUCCGCUCCAACAACAGCAGUCAUUGCCAGCGCAGCAUCAACCGCAGCAGCAGCAAACGACUCCUCAGCACCAGUCCCAGCAACCUCCUCCCACCCCCGGUCAGUCGGCUUCUCCUCCGCUGAGGAAGGACACCAACUCGUCCAUAUCAACUCAGGCCACGGCGGCAUCCGCUGCCACCAAUAUGUCCGUGGACACAAGCAACACAUCGUACAGUGCCGACACCUCUCCUAACUUAACAUCCAUAUUCCAUGUAAAGGAUGGCUCCGACGUCUCUAACCGGGUCCGCGCGAGCAGGAGGCGAACCGGUCCUUUGUCCCAGCAACAGAGAGAGAAAGCCGCACUCAUCAGAAAGCUGGGCGCCUGUAAUGACUGCCGCAGAAGGAGAGUUGCAUGCCAUCCUAGCCAUCACAACAUGACAUGGGAGGAUGCCGUCAGGAAAUAUCAUAGGUCUCACAGUCCCAGCAUCCAGGAUAUCGCCCCGUCUAUGGCUGGCCAGCGGCCCCUCAGCCCAGCGCCGGCCCUGAACAACAACAAUGUGAAGUCAAUGUUCACGCAGGACCCCGAGGAGAUGGAGAUAGACUCCCCAACGCCUCCUGGUGGUCACCGGCUCAGCGAGUCUCGCAUUCGCACGCCACUCCCGACCGGCCCCAGGCUCGACAAGCCUCCAAUUUUGCCUGGUAUUGAUAGUCUUAAAUCUGACUUACAGACCAAUGUUUCGAGAAUUCUGUCUACUCCCAGUCGGAGCCGCUACUCAAGUGCGCAGGCCUUGCUUCUGUACUGGCAGGACGACCCUGAUUUCAGCGUUGGAAGCUCCGUCAAAGAACUAGGAGAAGUUUUCGACCAGUAUUACCGAUAUACGUUUUCGAUCACAACUAUUCCGUCUGCUUCAGAGGCCUGCAAAAGCCCGUGGAGAUGGCUCUCGCGCAAGAUUACCGACUUUGUGGAGGACCGUGAUCAACGGGACGUUCUAAAGAUUGUCUACUACAAUGGUCAUUCCUACUUAGACGGCAACCGGGAAAUGGUGCUCGCCAGCUCAAAAGACAAGGACAAGGCCGAGACUAUCCGGUGGAGUGGUAUUCAGCAGGUGCUUGAGGAGGCCUGUUCAGACACUCUGAUUGUGAUGGACGCCGCAUUCUUUCCAUCUUCCAAGAUGCACCGCCAGCAAGGUGUCUUGGAACUGGUGGCUGCUGCUGUAUCCGAGGAGCACUUCGAUGCCCUGGAUCGAUGCACGUUUACCAAAGUUCUCACCGAGCACCUAAAAACACGCGCUUCACAACGAUUCACGAGCCCCUUCUCUGCCGCAGAGCUUCACUCAAAACUACUGUCCAAUUAUCCUUCUCUCGUUCAGGAUAGGAACCCUGAAAAGGAAACGAUCACCAGCUUUCCGUCUCCGCUCCAUAUGCAAAUGUCCGGAAACGCUCGACUACCCUCAAUUCUUCUCGCACCUCUUAACAUUGGUCCCUUGAGGACGAGCCUUCCGUUCGGUACAGAAGGUCAGCAACUGGUACUGUCAUUCCGGAUAGGAGACGAACCGAUCGACAUUGACAACUGGACCGAAUGGCUGAGAAUGAUGCCCGAGGGUGUCAAGGAUGUGAGGGUUGACGGCCCUUUUCGACCAUCUAGAUAG